CGCAGAUCCAAUUAGGGUAAUCGGACGAGCGUGCUCCUCAGCAGACUCGUUUUUCGGUUAAAACCGAAAAAUUUCCCGAUCCUUGGUCUAGGGCCUGCCCCUUUUGCCUCCUCAGGCUACUGCCCCGUGCACUUCAAGUCAUGACUAAUAUGACUUGCGCAAUCCUCAUUGCCACCUCCUUUAGUGGACCGGUUCGAAAGGAGACUCUCUGCCUCUUCUCACUCGAAUUACUCGUAUCUAUAGCAGUACUUUUGCGCACCCUCCCUAUUCCCACCCUUUUCGUUCUAUUGUACUUUAAAGCGUUGUACUUUACGUACGUUUCGAGUUCGGUGUCUCGAAUCCAUGAGGACCCCUUGUCCUCACAACGGGGUCCUCGAAUUGCUGGCUAAUCCUCCUAAGUCUGCGUCUCACGAGACUUGAGUGAGGACGAUUAGACCUUCGACUCGACGUAUAUAUCUACUACGAACAC